AUUUUUCCUUCUUCCUCAUUCUUUUCUUUUUAACUCCUGGUCUUAUUGCUCAACUCCAUACAUACGGCGAAGGGAUAAAUCCGUACACGUGGCAGCCGGAAGUCGGAAAGGGAGUGAUGAACUCCGGCGAGUUCAGUAUCACCGACACAAAGGGAAAUUAAAAAUAAACACAUACAUAUAUAGAGAGAGGUCAUAUAUAUAUUUAUAUCAGCUGGGAAUUGAAGAUCGAAAGAAUGGGUGCACUUGAGUAUCUUUCCAAACUCUGCGCAUUUACCACUUCCUCAACCCGAACCAAAUCUAUGCAGACGGUAGAGAUAAAAGUGAAGAUGGAUUGCGAUGGAUGUGAACUGAAAGUGAGGAAUGCUAUUAGACGCAUCAAAGGUGUGAAAAGCAUAGAUGUGAACAGAAAACAAAGCAAGGUGACAGUGAACGGAUUCGUGGAGCCAAACAAGGUGUUAAGGAAUGUCAAAAGAACCGGGAAAAGAGCAGAGUUUUGGCCGUACAUCCCUUACAACGUAGUGUACUACCCAUCCUCUGCCCAAACCUAUGACAAAAGGGCUCCACCGGGCCACGUGAAGAACGUUCAACAGGCGAUUCUACCCCCCAAUUCUACGGAACAAAGGCUGGCUUACAUGUUCAGCGAGGAUAAUCCAAAUGGUUGUUCCAUUAUGUGAUCCUUACAUUUUGACCCCUUCCGUCUACCUGAAUUUCAUUCUGGCCACACUAUAUAGUUAAUUUAUACUUUUGCCCAUCAACUUCCUUUAUGUUGUGAUAAGUUUCGUAUGCAAGGUUUGCAGUCUUGCAGAUAUGCAACAAUAAAUUUAGUGUUCUUAUUUCUAGCUUUCUGAGUACAACAUGAACUCUUUUUUCUAAUUAAUAAUAAUACUUUUGAUCAUUUUCUUUGUAAACUAAAGUACAACAAUAUGUAUGAUUGACUUGGCAGCACUGCAGCAGUAGCAAUUCCAAUAAACUGGUUUGCAUUUUAUAUUUUGUAUUUUAUAAACUGGUUUGCAUUUUAUAUUCCACUACUCG